AUUUGCUGGUUUUCCAUGUCCCUGGUCAGCUGCUGUGCAUGGGAUAGAUGGACUUUCAUAGCUGCGCUGAUCAUGGAGCGGAUUGGAUACAUCACCCGCGUGCAGAGCUUCAGCGCGUGUCACCGGCUCCACAGCGUUCACCUGAGUGACGAGGAGAACAGGAGAGUUUAUGGAAAAUGCAACAAUCCCAACGGACACGGACACAACUACAAAGUGGAGGUCACGGUGCGUGGGAAGAUCGAUCCCCUCACUGGGAUGGUGAUGAACCUGACUGACCUGAAGAGAUGCAUCGAGGAAGUCAUCAUGGAUCCUCUGGACCAUAAGAACCUGGAUAAAGAUGUCCCGUACUUUAAGAGUGUUGUCAGCACCACUGAGAACGUGGCUGUCUACAUCUGGGACCACAUGGUGAAGGUUCUCCCUCCGAACCUGCUCUACGAGAUCAAGAUCCAUGAGACGGACAAAAACAUUGUCAUGUACCGGGGAGAGUAGACACGUGGAAACCUUUAAGUAGUGACUGACUCAGGUUUAUGAAGGCUGACGACCAGGUUACACUUGCACUUUAUAGACCAAAGAUAUACAGGACUCAUUGUUCCUCUAAGUUUGUGUUCUGUUAGAACUUAAAACACGAUGCUGAGCAGGGAUUCCCCACAGAUCCAUCAAGACUUCAUCCUUCAAAACACUCUGUAAACUCUGUUUGUAAAGGUGCUUCAGGAAUAAAGUUAUCAUACAACACA